AUGGCGUUUUAUUGGAGAUUAUUGCCUCCAGAGAUUCGUCUCCUAACUCUACGAUGUAUCGUCCCUCAAUAUGGACUCAAAGAAACUACCGUCGAACGCGGGUUCCCUCGAGCAUCUUUAUUAGCUACCGUGUCCAGAGAGUGGCAAGACUUUUUCGAGAGAGAAACGUUUCGACGCAUGGAUCUAGAAGCGGCUGAUUUGUGUACCUUUUCUAGAAUGGUUCUGGAAGAGAACGUCAUCAGGUUGAACUAUAUAACUAAUGUGUUGCUUACCAUCAAGCUUGCAACAUACGACCUGAGUGUGGCAGACAAACCAGAGAGUGAAACGACCGUUACUCAGAACAACAUGACAUUUACGAUAGCAAUGGAGGGCCAUAGGGGAGGACUCACACUCGAGAUUCGUGCAUACUCACCCAGUGAUCAGCAAUUCCACGGCAACAUAAUUCAGCUUUACGACGACUACCCACUCCGGUUUGAGGACGACCCACAGCCGACGACUACACUCUUGGAGUUUUGCAGGGCAAACAGAGCAAGAUACACGUCAUCUAGAGAUAUACGACGAACUUUGGAUACUCUAGGCCUGACGAAGAGACUCCAUGGCACGCCGCUCGAGUUGAAGUUAGCACUAGGGGAGAAAGCCCAAUUCUUCUCGAAUACAACACGCAAACUCCCAAAAAACCCCAUUGUUAAGGGCUUAAUUCUACGCUCGGAUUCCCGGAAGAGUAUUGCAGUGAAAACCAUCGCCACACUGUUUCGCAAAUGCUUUGGAACUUUGGAAUCCUUCCAUUUUGUGAGAUGGAAAGGUUUUACAAAGGAACAAGAGACCGCUUUCUUAGAUGUCUCCAGCACUUUGUCUUCCGUCUACACAGAGAUUAUGGUGAAUAUUACGAUCCUUCUCAUCCAAUACGUUUAUGCUUGGGUUUUUGAUGCCUUGAUAUAUAAGAGGCGCGAGGAUUCCAAGCUUCAGAACCUAGCUUUCAUGACAAGGUACCUUGGCCACGGAUCGAACCAAAAAGCAGUGACAGGGUUUUUGUCCCUCGUCACUGAAGCAGUAUCGCACCUACCUGCACUGCGGACUCUGGAACUAUGGAAUGCCAGCGAUGAAUUUGGGUGUUUGUUCCGUUGCACCCUAGAUCGCCACCGAAUCAUAGUCAAGUGGCGAUGCAUCGACGAGCGAUUCACUUUGGAGGAUGAAGUGAUAGAGAAAUGGACUGAACUGGCCAAGGCCUCAGGCCGUUCACUCGUGGUUCGAGUGAUUUCGCUCUCGAAGGACCAGGAGUUGAACAGAACGUUCAAGUUCUUACAUAUCCUACCGUUCCUGCAACUCAGACGGGUGAAUUUCGACCCUAUCUACGAAGCCAAUAUAGUGGUCGCUCAGAAGAUGAAGUGGGAAGAUGUUCUUAUUUAA